CUAAUAUUUUGAUACAUGGUAUAUUUGCAGUCUGAUAGAGGUGCCCUUGUUCCUGUGGCUUCUGACUCAAGUGACAGAUCAAAGGAUAAAACCGAUCAGAAGAGUCUUCGCAGGCUUGCUCAAAAUCGUGAGGCUGCCAGAAAAAGCCGGCUGAGAAAAAAAGCCUAUGUGCAACAGCUGGAAAGUAGUCGUUUGAAGCUGACCCAGCUAGAGCAAGAGCUUCAGCGAGCUAGGCAGCAGGGAAUCUUCAUAUCAAGCUCGGGUGAUCAAGCGCAUUCAAUGAGUGGCAAUGGAGCAAUGCAGUUCGAUGCUGAAUAUGCUAGGUGGCUGGAAGAGCAGAAUCGACAAAUUAAUGAGCUUAGAGCAGCUGUAAAUUCACAUGCAGGCGAUACUGAACUUCGAAUGAUUGUUGAUGGUGUAAUGGCACAUUAUGAUGAAAUUUUUAGGCUGAAAGGCGUUGCAGCUAAGGCUGAUGUUUUCCACUUACUGUCUGGGAUGUGGAAAACACCUGCUGAGAGGUGCUUUUUGUGGCUUGGUGGUUUUCGGUCAUCUGAACUCCUCAAGCUCCUGGUAAGUCAAUUGGAACCUCUCACAGAGCAGCAGCUAUUGGGUAUUACAAACUUGCAGGAGUCCUCUCAGCAAGCAGAAGAUGCAUUAUCUCAAGGCAUGGAAGCAUUGCAACAAUCCCUUGCUGAGACAUUGUCCACCGGAUCACAAAAUUCAUCUGGUUCCUCAGGGAAUGUGGCAAAUUACAUGGGUCAAAUGGCAAUGGCCAUGGGUAAGCUAGGGACUCUUGAGGGGUUUAUUCGACAGGCUGACAAUCUGCGCCAGCAAACUCUACAGCAAAUGCACCGUAUUCUAACAACUCGCCAAUCAGCUCGUGCACUCCUUGCAAUACAUGACUACUUUUCCCGGCUGCGUGCCCUUAGUUCACUCUGGCUGGCCCGCCCAAGAGAUUAAGGGGCGUGGUAAAUAGUCUGUCAAAUUAGUUUUCCUGGAUCCUUCACCUGCUAUUGCUUGGCCAUCUAGGUUCUUACAAGUUUUCUUAUGUUGUAUUACAAGCCUUUCUUAUCGCUUAUACUAUUGCUUCAGAGUCAGUCUAGAAACCGAGGUGGGUGACAGGAAGUGUGUAUUUUAUUAAUUACUAAUAUUGUACAUUGUAAUUGUUGUUGAAGACUUUUUUUUUUUAAUUUUAACAGAUAGUUGUACAAGAUGAUACAUUUAAAUGGCAUAGUUUUCACUUUUCACA